AUGGCAGGCUGGAAAGAUCUUGAGCUGCAUGUCUUCGGUGGAGACCGCCUGAACUUCGGCCGCUAUAAGGCUAUGCGGCCAGAGUGGUAUGGCUGGAGCAAGGGUGCCCAUGAGGACUGGUUUGGGAUGGCGACCGCAGAGGAUCAGCAGAUGUGUGGUCCUCGAAAGGGUCACAUGUCCGUUUGGGUGUGGCAAAGAGCCUUCUUCGCCAUGAUCGCCAGAGAAACAGUGAAGCAGGAGCUCGGGCAAGGCAUGAGGCUGGACGCCGGCCGUUGUGAAGAAGAGCUGGGCGGUGGUCGGGGAAGGCCAUGGCAGAAGAGCAGCGCCCCUCAGCCCUUCAGAUGCAGCUGGCGCGACAGCAACCUGGCUGAAUGGCUGCCCUUCGCUGCCGCAGCUCCACUGCGUGCCGACGUUGGCUGGCCCUGGCGCAUGGACUGGGGUGGCCACGACCCAGCCUCGCCCGUGGCAGAGAUGCACAUCAACUACCACAACACUGGCUGGGGAAUCAUGAUUUUUGUCUGCACCUCUGUCCUGUACCUGAUGUCCAAGCGCUGA